AUGGAGACUAAUACAACCUGGAAAGCAGAAUUGGUAGCUGACGAAAUAUCAAGGAGUGACCUCCAGGAUAUUGAUGUCCAGUCCAUUGCUGACAAGAUGACAGUAAAUCAGUAUUACGAUUUAGGAGUCGCUCUUGGGUUCCGAGUUCAACAGUUAGACAUCAUGGAAUACAACCGGUUCCGAGACAGACAGCAGGCUUUCUAUGACAUGCUAACAAAAUGGCGACAAACACAACCCUCUGGUCAAGAAGCAAAGAAAAUCCUGCUCUCACUCAUGAAAUCCUUGGAGUCUUCUACCCAAGACCUAGAAUUAGAUAUCUCCUCUGUUGGCGAAAUCUCGGACAAGUUCCUUGUCGAAUUCUCCCGGAAGAUCAAAGGAAACAAGUUCUUCGUGAUCGGAGAAAAGCUUGGUCUAACCAAAAGAGAGCUCGAACACAUUCAGCAUAAGAGCUUGUUUAAUAGGAGAGAUGCUAACAUUCACAUGCUUUCCGAGUGGAAAGCAUCCCAAACUUCAGAAGAUGAAGCUGUGAAGACUUUGAAACGUGUUUGGGAGUCCGUCCAGUCAGCUACAACUGUGAAGAAUGAAGAAGAUGAAGAUGUUUCACAUCAACCAAAGAAAAUUCAUGUAAAAAGGACCAGGUCAGAAGAAACUCAUAGUGAGCCUGAAAUGUUCGAGUCGAUGUUUGAUAUAGGUGUAGAUGACAGUUCAAGUAGAAGAUCAGAGACGCAAAACUCAGAGUAUCUUGAGGACCUCCAGCUACAUGGUGGGCAACCAGAAGAAGAAGAAAUAAGGAUCAUCGCUCUUCAAGUUACAAGUCUACCGUUGGCACGUGAUCUCGGGAAAGCCCUUCGUGUUGGUGAUGAUAUCAUUGUUGGAUUCAUUGAUCUAUCGAGCCCUUCAGUGAUUCGUAAUGCGACAUUGCAGGUCAUCGAUAGUUGGUUGGGAAAUUUAAAAGAGGAAGAAAGGGAAGAAAAGCUCACUCGGCUUCUCUCAGAGUACAACAUCUUAAAUGCCAAAGCAGGUCGCAAGGAAAUCUCCAAAAUCCCACAAUCCACUGGAGAGCUACUGCAGUUGUGUCAGCGAAUAGACGUAAAAGCGUCUAUUCUCGUGGAGAUCAUCAGUGGUGUGGUGACGUUUCAUGCCCACGAGAUCCGCCGUAUUGCUCUGAAGAUGUUAAUAGAAUGGCUUGACCAGGGCGGAACUAGAGAGAGACUCUUGGAAGUUGCUCAGGCUUUUCGUUUCAACGAUGCCGUGCUCAAGAUGGCAGAAGCCAUGGGAUCUAACUUCCCUCCUUUCAUCUCUUAUGGAAUCGUGGAUCAUAGGGGAGUGAAACUGCUCCUGGAUAAGCUAGGCAUCACUGUAACUAUCCCUGAAGGAGCCAUACCGAAAGGGAUGAGAUCCGUGGCAACACUUCAAGUUCGAACGCAGGACAGUCCUAGAAUACCUAUACAGCAGGGUGAAGUCCUCAUUACUCCUGUCAUCGAGACUUCUCUCACACAAGAACUGAUAAAGCCAGCCACGGUGGUAGUACAGCUUUGUACCAACCCCAACGUUCGUAGAGAUGACUCCCCCGCUAUCCUCUACACCAAAACAGGACCAGGUAACUAUGCUUAUUCGCAAAUGUGA